AAGUUAUGGGAGGAGCUCUAGUCGUGACGUAACCGGUGCCAAAGCCGACUUGCCCAUAUUUAGCAAGCUCGACGCGGAGAGAUUCCCCAGCCAGACAGCUUCACAUUUCAUCUGUCAUCCUCGGGAAAAAUCUCAACUCUUUCGGCGUACACCGAGGACUUGACAGCUGGGUUUUAUUGUAUUUUAUUUUUUCAGUUUUGGCCAACCGGGCUGUCGAAGACGAUCAAGCCGGCAAAAGUGCCUGUUUUGCUGGGUUUUUUUUUCGCCCCUUACUUCCCUCCUUCAUAAAAGUAACCGUCACAAUUCCACCUCGUCGCCAGCGAGCUAACCGGCUAAUGUUAGCCCGUUCGCCCGACGUGUAAUUACGAGUGACACGGUUUUAAAUCCACUCCAAAGGUGCCUCUUCGGCUUCUGAGCACUCUUUAACCCCGCUGCGAUGACUUCCUGACCGCAGAUAUACUUUUUAAUGCCCCCCUCCCCUAACAAAUAAGGCUUCGCGAGCGAGCUAGCUAAACCGAGGGGCGCCGCGCUAACAGCGGGAUUGGACGCGUUCCCAACGGCGAGGAGGUGGUGGAGGGGCGGCCUUAGGCUUGACAGCUUCCCCCAGGCAAGGCGGGCUCGAAGAGGCCUGGAGUCCGCCAUUCUGCGGGGGCACAGGCGUCGCUGAGCCGCGGGGAGACACCGGCUUGAAGGGAGGAGAAGCCGGAGGAGGGAGGAAGCAAGGAGGAAUCGCGCAGGGUUUUUUUUCUCAUUUGUUUGCUUUUGCCAAGUGGGAUCCGGGAAGUAAACCGGGCAGUGACCUCAUGAAUGGAAAUCGGAACCUCAGGAGCCGUUGGGGCCCAGUCCCUGUUCGCCAUGCCUCGGCGGCCCGGCUACGGCACCAUGGGCAAGCCCAUCAAGCUGCUGGCCAACUGCUUCCAGGUGGAGAUCCCCAAGAUGGACGUCUACCUUUACGAGGUGGACAUCAAGCCUGACAAGUGCCCGCGGCGAGUCAACAGGGAGGUGGUUGACUCCAUGGUGCAGCACUUCAAGGUGACCAUCUUUGGGGAUCGCAGGCCGGUCUACGAUGGCAAGAGGAGCCUGUACACGGCCAACCCGCUGCCCGUGGCGCCCACGGGGGUGGACCUGGACGUCACUCUGCCGGGCGAGGGGGGCAAAGAUCGUCCCUUCAAGGUCUCCAUCAAGUUUGUGUCUCUGGUGAGCUGGCACAUGCUGCACGAAGUGCUGACGGGUCGCAGCAUGCCUGAGCCACUGGAGCUCGACAAGCCCAUUAGCACCAACCCCGUGCACGCUGUGGACGUGGUGCUCAGACACCUGCCGUCCAUGAAGUAUACGCCGGUGGGCCGCUCCUUCUUCUCGGCUCCAGAGGGCUAUGAUCAUCCCCUGGGCGGAGGCCGGGAGGUGUGGUUCGGCUUCCACCAGUCGGUGCGGCCCGCCAUGUGGAAGAUGAUGCUCAACAUCGACGUGUCUGCCACCGCCUUCUACAAGGCCCAGCCGGUUAUCCAGUUCAUGUGCGAAGUGCUGGACAUCCACAACAUAGACGAGCAGCCCCGCCCUCUCACUGACUCGCACCGGGUCAAAUUCACCAAAGAAAUCAAAGGUUUGAAGGUUGAAGUGACACACUGCGGAACCAUGCGAAGGAAGUACCGCGUCUGCAACGUGACCCGCCGGCCGGCCAGCCAUCAAACGUUCCCCCUCCAACUGGAGAACGGCCAGACCGUGGAGCGCACGGUAGCCCAGUACUUCAGGGAGAAGUACAGCCUGCAGCUCAAGUACCCCCACCUGCCUUGUCUGCAGGUUGGCCAGGAGCAAAAGCAUACCUACUUACCCCUGGAGGUGUGCAACAUUGUAGCCGGACAGCGAUGUAUCAAGAAACUGACAGAUAACCAGACUUCCACCAUGAUCAAGGCCACGGCUCGCUCUGCGCCCGACAGACAGGAAGAGAUCAGCCGGCUGGUACGCAGCGCCAACUAUGACGCCGACCCCUUUGUCCAGGAGUUCCAGUUCAAAGUGCGCGACGAGAUGGCCCACGUGACGGGGCGAGUGCUACCCGCCCCCAUGCUGCAGUACGGCGGCAGGGUGAGCACAGAGCACUUUAUGAACCGCACAGUGGCCACGCCCAGUCACGGCGUGUGGGACAUGAGGGGCAAGCAGUUCCACACUGGCGUAGAAAUCAAGAUGUGGGCCAUCGCCUGCUUCGCCACGCAGCGCCAGUGUCGGGAAGACAUUCUCAAGGCCUUCACGGACCAGCUCCGCAAGAUCUCCAAGGACGCCGGCAUGCCCAUCCAGGGCCAGCCGUGCUUCUGCAAGUACGCCCAGGGAGCGGACAGCGUCGAGCCCAUGUUUAGACACUUGAAGAACACCUACGCCGGAUUACAGCUCAUCAUUGUCAUUCUGCCUGGCAAAACCCCCGUCUAUGCCGAGGUGAAGCGCGUGGGGGACACCCUGCUGGGGAUGGCCACGCAGUGCGUCCAGGUGAAGAACGUGGUGAAGACGUCCCCUCAGACCCUCUCCAACCUCUGCCUCAAGAUCAACGUCAAGCUGGGGGGCAUCAACAACAUCCUGGUGCCGCACCAAAGGCCGUCAGUGUUUCAGCAGCCGGUCAUCUUCUUGGGAGCUGAUGUGACACAUCCGCCUGCCGGAGAUGGCAAGAAGCCCUCGAUUGCAGCAGUAGUGGGCAGCAUGGACGCCCACCCCAGCCGCUACUGUGCCACCGUGCGGGUGCAGAGGCCCAGGCAGGAGGUGAUCCAAGAUCUGGCUUCCAUGGUGCGCGAGCUGCUCAUCCAGUUCUACAAGUCCACACGUUACAAGCCCACCCGCAUCAUCUUCUACAGGGAUGGAGUGUCUGAAGGCCAGUUCAGACAGGUGCUGUAUUACGAGCUGCUGGCCAUCCGCGAGGCCUGCAUCAGCCUGGAGAAGGAGUACCAGCCAGGCAUCACCUACAUCGUGGUGCAAAAACGCCACCAUUUUAAAUUGCUUGUAGAGCGUACCCAACUCUGA